AUGGCCAACGAACUGAAAGCAGCACAAAGGUCAAUCGAAAAAGAUGAAACAGUCGUGUUUUAUCGUUCGUUGCUGCUGUUCUUCUUUCGGAACAUCGUCACAUCGAACUUGGCUGCACUUCCGUAUUUGGAGCGACCAAGAGUGAAUUGCUUGUGCUGGUGUUUCUUGCUGUGUUAUGUCAAUGCGGGACAUUGGCAAACCUCCGAGCACAAAAAGAAAUAUCCGAAUGAGAAUGUGCAAGUGACGGAGAUCUCAAAGAAAUGCAGUGAAAAAUGGAAAACUAUGUCGGAUGAUGAAAAGAGACGAUUCUAUGAAUUGGCACAAAAGGAUGCUGAAAGGUAUCAAGCAGAGGUUGCUGCUUACGGUGGUGAAGAUGCCAUGCGAAAGCGAAAGCGUGCCAAGAAGGAUCCCAAUGCACCAAAACGUGCUCUGUCCGCAUUCUUCUUCUUCUCACAAGAUCGAAGACCCGAAGUUCAGCAAAUGCAUCCAGAAUGGAAAGUUGGACAGGUUGCUCAAGAACUGGGAAGAAUGUGGAAGAAUGUCUCAAUGGACGAAAAAGACAUGUAUGAAAGAAAAGCACUUGCAGAUAAAGAGAGAUAUGCAGAGGAAAUGCGCGACUACAAAACUGCAAUCACCAAAAUCCCUGGACUUGAACAUCUAGAGGAUGAACAUCACAUGCACCUUGUUCACGUUGAUGAACAUGACUUGCAGCAAGGCCAAAUUGUUUAGGUCGUGAGUUGUUCAGCGUGUUAAGAGGAACUAACGGUGAUUUGUGUUUUUGUUCCUUUGCACAAAACGUCAUUUGAGUUUUCCUAAGGGAAUUUCCUAUUUAUCUUUGUCUGGUAUCUGCGAUGACGGUGUUCUCUGCUUGAAGCAAUUGCUCGGCGAGUCAAUGCUCGAAACUAAAGCGAUCUGGGCUUCUUAUGUUACAGUUAGAUUUUUGCUGAACAACUCAUGUCAGGUUUGUCGCUGCAUUUUUCCAACUCUUUUCUGUCCUUUUUAGCUACACAGAGUUGUGAAGACACUUUUUUUGCCUGUAGUCGCUUUUUCUUUGCAUAUAGUUUCCCCUCUAUGUUUCCUUACUGUGCUGCAAAAAUAGCUUUGAUUGAUUAGCUUGACUAUACAUAUCGUAGAUUGUAAUUACUCCUCGUUCAUUUACUCGCGCAAAAAAUGCUGUACAGUUGCCUAUAAAUUGUCUUGUUGUUUGUGUAGUCUGCAAAAACGACCAAAAUAAAGGUGAAUGUUACCAUCAAGUGCGUUUCUUCUGUGGUCGAAACGCAUAGCGAACCUUUAUUUUUGGUCAUUACAUGGAAUGUCGAAUGUUGUUGCAUUCAUUUUUUGCUGUUCUCUCCUGUUAUGACUGAAGCGUACGAACUGUAAAGUUGAUGAUGGGUAGUGGAGUGGUUCGAAGUUCU